AUGGGUAUAGAGCCGAGGUGCGAAAUUCUCUACGCUGGGGUUGGACGGGUCCCACAGAGUCGAAAUUCUGUACGAUGGGGUUGGACGGGUCCCACAGAGUCGAAAUGCUGUAGAAUGGGGUGGGACGAGUCUCAAGUCGAAAUUCUGGACAAUGGGGCUGGACGUGUGCCACAGAGUCGAAGUGCCGUAUACUGGGGUAGGACGGGUACCACAGCGUCAAAAUUCUCUACACUGGGGUGGUACGAGUCUCAAAGAGUCGAAAUUCUCUUCACUGGGGUUGGACGGGUCCCACAGAGUAGAAAUUCUGUACACGUUGGGGUUGGACGAGUCCCACAGAGUCGAAAUGCUGUGGAAUGGGGUGGUACGAGUCCCACAGAGUCGAAGUGCCGUAUACUGGGGUAG